AUGGCAGGAAGAGUGAGUCUGGCGACGGUAGAUGAUAUCUCGGAUCUGGUGGAGAUAUUCUGGGAAGCGUUCAGCGGGGCCGGGGAGCUCGUGUUUCCGCAUACGGACGACGGGCGAAAGUGGCUGGAACGGAGCUUCGACAACUUCCUCCGACUGAAGUCCUACUACAAGCCGGAGUCGAAGAUUGCAGUUAAGACGCGGUGGGCGCGGUGCGACAACACGCCCGGCGUAGACGAGGACAAGCUCGCGGGGUUCUUCGGACCGCUGUCCAAGGCGCAUUGUCUUGUGGUGGGAAAAGAGGGCCAUACGGCGCGCACAGUUAUCGAGCUGGCGAUGGCCAAGUCGACGAGCCGCGGCGAGGAAUACGCGUCGGCGCUGGUGCGCUGGGCGACGGGGCUCGCGGACGAGCUCGACAUCCCGUGCUAUCUAGACGCGGGCGUGCGAGGAACGGGGAUCUGCGACCAGUGCGGUUUCAAGGCGCAGGACGUCGAGUCGCGGUACGGCGGACCGCCGCCGUGCACGCCCAUGCUGCGACCGCGGAGGCGAUGA